CACACUUCGUGAGCUUCCUAAGACCUCAGGCCUCUGCUGGGGACGCCACCAUGCUCAGGCUGGUGAGAUGUGUGGUGGCGUGCUGCCGCUGGGAGAGCUGCGACCCUGUACAGGAGCAGUCAGGAUCGUCCCCAGUUGACAGCAGUUUGCAAAGUCGACAGGAAGUGGUGUCAAGCUCCUCUGCUGAUUGUGCCGAAAUGGUUGAGUCCUUCUGCUUCAGUGUUGUUGAAAGGUGCAGGUCUCUGAGAGAUAGGCCUGAACGUACUGCCCAUGAGGAAGGAAGUGGACUGUCUCAGGAGUUGACAACCUUGCAAGUGGUGAGCAUCUCUGAUGAUAUUCUUAGCACUGAACAAUCAGUUCUGGAAACCGAAAUCCUAAUUGGUUGUGUUAGUAAUACAUGGGAUGGUUUUGUCUAUAUAAGUGAAACAAUCUACUUCUCCCUAGACAUCAUUUCUGAAGGUUUUGUGCCUUAUAAGGGAGACUGGUUAGAAGUUGAGUAUUCCAUGGAACCAUGCACCUCAAACAUCAGAGCUCACUCAGCAAAGCCGAUGAACUGUAAUCAUAUCAAAGAGUAA